CUGACUUCCGCCGCUCCGAAGAUCUCCCGGGACCCCCCCUCUGCCUCCGGGAGCGCCCCGUUAACUUCCGCCGGCCGGACAACCUGUUGGGACCCCCCGCUGGGACCCCCCCCGCUGACCUGUGCCGCUCCGAAGAUCCGCCGGGACCCCCCCCCCCCCCCCGUACCUCCGGGAGCGCCCCGUUAACCUCGGCCGGCCGGACGCCCCGCUGGGACACCCACGCUAACUUCUGCCUCUCUGACAGUCUGUCGGGACCCUCCCCUGGCUGCAAGAGCCCCCCGCUAAUCUCCGUCGGUCUGUCGGGACCCCCCUCUGCCCCCGGGAGCGCCCCGUUAACCUCUGCCGGCCGGCCGGCCCGCCGGGACGCCCCGCCGGGACGCCCCGCUGACCUCUGCCGGUCCCGAAGGUCCGCCGGGACCCCCCUCUGUACCUCCGGGAGCGCCCCGUUAACCUCGGCCGGCCGGCCGGCCCGUUGGGACGCCCCGCUGGGACACCCACGCUAACCUCUGCCUCUCUGACAGUCCGUCGGGACACCCCACCGCCCUCAGGGGCACCCCACUAAACUCUGCCCAUCCGCCGACCCGCCGGGACGCUUCACCGCCUGCGGGAACGCCCCGUUGAUCUCCGCCGGUCGGAUGGCCCGCCGCCAUUCCCCGCCGUCCGCGGGAGCACCCCGCUGAACUCCGCCCAUCGGACGGUCUGCCGGGACACCCCGCCGCCCGCGGGAGCACCCCGUUCAUCUCGGCCGCUCGGUCGGCCUGCCGAGACGCCCCGCCGUCCGCGGGAGCACCCCGCUAUCCUCCGCCGGUCCGUCGGCCCGCCGGGCCGCCCCGCCGUCUACCGGGACGCUCUGCCGCCGAACUCCGGUCGGACGCCCCGCCGAACUCUGCCGGUCGGAGGGCCCGCCGGGACACCCCGCUCUCUACCGGGGCGCCCCUCGAAACUCCGCUGGUCAGACCCCCCCCAACCCCGCUAUCUGCAGGGGCACCCCGCUAUCCGACGGUCUCUCGGGGCGCCGUAGUCGCGAGGGGUCGGGGCCGAGUCGGCGGCCUCGGCGACUCCCUCCGCGUCGGCCGGUCGCCGGCCGGUCCCCGCCCUCGACCGCUCCGUCCGUCCGGGGUCGCCGAGGGGAGGGGGCCGGGAUGACGGGGUCCCGGCCGCGCCGGGUCGGGCGGGCCCUCGGGGGGCUGCGGCUGGCGCUGGCCCUGACGUUGGUCGGCGUGGGACGAGCCCAGGACCGGCCGUCGUGCCACGGCGCCUUCGACCUCUACUUCGUGCUGGACAAGUCCGCCAGUGUGGCCGAGAACUGGAUCGAGAUCUACGAUUUUGUCCAGCGGCUCACGGACCGAUUUGUCAGCCCCCGGAUGAGAUUUUCCUUCAUAGUGUUUUCCUCCCAGGCGACUACCAUUUUGCCGUUGACCGGAAGCAGAAAUGACAUAAACAAGGGCCUCACAGAUCUAAAACAAGUCACACCGGCAGGAGAGACGUACAUACACUUAGGAAUACAAAAGGCAAAUGAACAGAUUCAAAACGCGGGAGGGCCGAAGACCUCCAGCGUGGUGAUUGCCCUGACGGAUGGUAAAUUGGACGGGAUGGUGCCACAUCUCGCGGAGAAAAUGGCGGCUGAAUCCAGAAGCCUGGGAGCCCGAGUUUAUUGUGUCGGGGUUCUUGAUUUUGAACAAGAGCAGCUGGAAAGGAUCGCUGAUUCGAAAGACCAAGUCUUCCCCGUCACUGGAGGAUUCCAAGCCCUUAAAGGAAUAAUCAAUUCCAUAUUAGAACAAUCAUGUACAGAAAUAUUGGAAUUGAAGCCAUCGAGUGUCUGCGUGGGGCAGGAGUUUCAGAUCGUCCUGCAAGGCAGAGGGUUCAUGCUUGGCAGAAGAGGAGAAAAAGUGACCUGCACCUAUGCUGUAAACAAGACAAUCAUUAACACAAAGCCGAUAAGUGUUCAAAGCAAUUCCGUGCUCUGCCCGGCCCCCACCUUAUACCAAGUUGGCGAAACUCUAGAUGUGUCCGUGAGUUUGAACGAAGGGCAGUCUGUCAUCUCGAGCUCCCUGACGGUCACAGCCGUGGAAUGUUCCAGCGGAGCAGCGGUCGUCAUCGCCAUCCUGGUGCUGCUGUUGCUGCUUGCCGUCGGCCUGCUCUGGUGGUUCUGGCCCCUUUGCUGCAAAGUGGUCAUCAAGGACCCUCCUCGACCGCCUCCGCCAGCCCCUAAAAAGGAAGAAGACGAUCCUCUGCCGAACAAAAAGUGGCCCACCGUGGACGCGUCCUACUACGGGGGCCGAGGAGUCGGAGGGAUUAAAAGAAUGGAGGUUCGCUGGGGUGACAAGGGCUCCACUGAAGAAGGCGCGAGGUUGGAAAAAGCCAAAAAUGCUGUGGUGACUGUCCCUGAAGAGGCAGAAGAACCUCUCAGGCCCAGGCCUCCAAGACCCAAGCCCACCUACCAGGCUCCUCAGACAAAGUGGUACACCCCGAUUAAGGGUCGGCUCGACGCGAUCUGGGCUCUGCUGAGGCGGCAGUAUGACCGGGUUUCCCUGAUGCGACCGCAGGAAGGAGAUGAGGGCCGAUGCAUCAACUUCUCCCGAGUGUCAUCUCAGUGAAGGGGAAACGGGGACCGGGAAGGUACGAAGAGGGGAGAACAGUCUCACCGCCAAUUUGCCCCCGUAUACGGACCGUUGAGCCCUUUGCUGAAUUCCUCAGGACCCGGAUCUGUCUCCCUUUGCCCAGAGAGUUCUUGCCCGCCAUCUUCUUCUCAGAUGCCGCCAGCCAACUCUGCCUGCACCAAACUGCCUCCUCCACUUGUCCUCUCUGCUCCUGAGGAACCCCGAACACGGUGGUGGUGGCGAUGGGUGAUUUUCGGCAACGGACCCGUAGGGCUGUGCUUGCGACGGAAACUCUGCUCCCCGCGCUUAGGAGAGAAACCCGCCCGCGCACACACAUCCCCACACCAGUGCACCACGAAGAUGACAUCCACCCAGGAGGCACAGAUAAUUCUGGCUUCGUUGGCCUUAAUGGAGAAGCAAAGCCGCUCAGAUGAACACACGACACUUAUUAUGUCCACGGAGGGAUUGCAAGCCGCCGGCAGACCUCCGGAAGCUCCCGGGAGGCUAAGCGAAUGGCAGAGUUCAGCGCCCCGUUGCCGUGUCACAACGUAAAAUCCUUCCGAGGCCCCCAUCGCCGGGUGCCUUUCUGGGACCCUCAGCCCCACGGGUCUUGUCAGGCUAACACAGAGAGUGCACACGCCUGACCAGAUGCAGACGGGGGACCCUCCCGGGUCUCUGCAGCCAGCAAGACGAGGCCCCGCGGCAUCCGGAGACACCUUUCUUUCGCUGGGCAUUCGGGACAAGGAGAAAAUGAACAGAGCGUGAUUCUGCAGGAUGACAGCUGGCACCAAAGAUCUGGAGUGGGGUUGGAAGGGUGGUCACACACACACCCACACCCACCCACCCCCUCCAGGACCCGGACACCAGGUCCGUUAGCAUCUGCCCUCUUCCGCAUCCCAAGUUCAGUAGCGCAUUGAGGAAGGGCUCUAGCAGGGGACGGCCUGGGUGGGGUGUUGGGUUUUUAGAUGAAAUCGUCAGGAAUCACAAAGCUGUAUCUCAGGGUCCUCUCCUCACCCCCUCUUUCCCCGACUCCCCCCUUCCCCCCUCCAAUUCUCCAAGGGCUCUUCAGCAUCACAAGUCAGCAACUCUCUUUGCAUGAGAAUUUCAAAGUUUAAUUAAUAUAAUUAAAGGCAACAGCAGGCAGCAGCCUGUGAAGAUUUUGCUCAUCUUUUUUAUGCCUUUUGACAUUGAAUGACCUAUUACUGUAUAUGCACUGCUCGGAACUGUGCGGAGCCAGGAUGGUGGUUCGGAGUCGUCGGAGAGAGAGGGAGAGAGAGAGAGAGAGAGAGAGAGAGAGAGAGAGAGACCCACUUUCAUCCCUGACCAGAUUCCAUUUUCCAGAGGCUGGCCGUCCCCGGCCUCGCCGAUGUAGAUAUUAUCAUUUUUCAGAAAAACCGGUGCCGUGUCACGUCGACGAUGCCAGAUUAUGUUAGCGUGAAUGGGGGCGGGAGGAGGCAGCAGCUGAAGAAAAAGGCUCCAACGAUCCAGUCACUUUCGAUACUGAACCUCAGAGGCGAAAUGGAUAUUCGAGUGGAAACCUGACAACGCGCGCCGGCUUUGACGGGAACCGGUCCAGACAAUGACCAGCGGCCGGGUCAGUGGGAUGUCUGUCUGCGAGCGGGGAAGCUUGUCAAGUGACACGAAAAAUAAGUCCGGCGACCAUCACGUCGGAGGGGGAACCGGCGGCGAUUCUGUUGAGCGGGCAUGGCCGUCCGCAGGAUGGAGGGAGCUGUGAACAGCCUCCUUGGUGAAACGCCCUCCUCGGUGCUCUUCGUGGAAACUGCAAGGGACAAAGUUGCUCUCUUGGCUGGUAUCUGAGUUCUGGGCACUGCCCGAAGAAGCGGGACGUGCCAUAUAUUUAUAUAUAGAUAGGUACGUAUACGCGCGCGCACACACACACACACAUAUGUACACGUAUAUUCAGUCGCUUGCGUCUUUUGUUCAAGUUGCAUAUGUCACCGGCAACACCCAAAGCCACGAGUGCAUGCGUUUUAUCAAUAAAAGUCUUCGCCAUGCUUCUGUGCAUGCUUCUUUCAGUCCAUUGGAAUCCAAGUCUGGCUCGGAAUCAGUGUCCCAAGAGGGUUACAAAUGGCGGAUAGAAUUUGGUCCGAUGUCCACACUCCCAGGGUUGAACUCCAAGGUCAGAGACGGCGCUGCCGACUCCAUGGGUAGCUGCCAAAGCGAGGCGGCCAGGGCCUAUCGUCUUUUCCCAGAACCUCCCACUCCAUCUCCAGUCGCGGGCACCGAGGCCGUCCGGUCCCCAGAGAGGCCCCCGCGGUUGGUCGCGGCCUCUCGUGAUUCCCCAACUCUGCCCCGUUUGGCGAGGCGGGGGCGGCUCGGCCGUGGCAGCGGCUUGGCGAACGGGGGUCUCCAAAUGCUGAAAACAUUUUCACGGACCACAGUGCGAAUAGAUUCCCAGCUCUGCAAGCUCGGGCCCUUUUGGGGGAAGGAGGUUGCUUCAGACUAAAAGAGCACUUGGUUCACGAAGGAGGAAUCACCAACGGAGUCUGGCGAAGCCUUACGCUCAGGCUUCUGGCCAAAUGCAAGCACUGUGCUCCUUCCGGUUUCAAUUGAAAGGGAAGCCAUGUUGAUUUUGUUCAACGCUGUGUUGCUUUUCCACAGCGUCCACCGAAGGAACAAGCCCCAGAUGAGCACCUUCUUGGGAUAGAAAAGAGAAUGGUAUCCCAGGACCGUGUUUUAGCCGGGUCGUAAAACUCCCGAUCUCCUCCCCGUAGGGAUCUGGGAUGGGAUGUCUGCGCUAUGUGCCGGACAGGGUGUCAAUCCCAAACCACUUUCACCGUUUUCAUCAGUAAGCCCAGUGCCAUUAGCCAUUUGUUUUGCAGAAGGUUGCAAAAAUCAAUUAAGUGGGAAAUGACUCCUAACUUAUGUGUCUACUCUGCCUAGAAAGGAAGUUUUGAAGGCAUCGCUAUAUAUUUCAUAACAAUGUCUGUUCUUUAUGAAUUUAAUCUAUAAAUAUUUAUCUAUCUGAAAACUUUGAUACUUGGAAUGUUUUCCUAAAGCAUUUGGUGCUCAGGGAAAAACAUUUGGUGCUACGAGUUGCAGCACGGAUGCCUUCUCCAAAGUUUAUUCUAUUUAAAAAGUUAUCGUUUCUCUCCAAUGCUGUGCGGGCUAAAAAUGGAGAACUUCCACUCAACAGAGAGCAGCAUCUGUCACCCAUGGAUAUUUCCUGUUUUGGCAAAACAGAUAAUGAGAAUUCAAGCCUCCUGAUUUGACGACGAUGCCAAACGAAAAGUACUUGUUUUGAUUCCCCACUGUACGUUUUGUUUAAAAGUCACUUUAAGAUAAUAAAUUAUUCAAUAAAGCCUUUAUAUGCCA